AUGUCGGUCGCUGCUCCUACGCGUGAGCAGCUCAUGGCGCUGUACCGCGCCCACCUAUCUGCGGCGCGCUCCUUUACCUCGUACAAUUUCCGCGAAUAUUUCGUGCGUCGCACUCGUGAUCUUUUCCGGGCUCGGCUGUACCCAUCGUCCGAGUCCACACAGCAUGUGAAUACCAGCGCCGAGAAACUCUCGAACCUCUCGACGGCCAAGCAGAGCGUCACUGGCAUUGAUCCGGCGUCUGUGAAUUCGGCAGAGAAACUUGCUCAGUUUUACGAGGAUAUGCAGGCGGAGCUGCGUGUCUUGCAACGGGCCGCUGUGACGAAUAUGAUGUACGCUGGCGAUCGUCUCAUCGUCGAAGAGGCCGGCGCGCAGGCCUGGUCGGUGCGUUCGCACGAGGAAGAGCAGGAUGCGACGCACCGCGACGCCUAA